AUGCUGAAUGGAAGCAAGCUCAAGACAGAGCUCAGUCUCAUCUACAGCAAAGCAGAGUUCAGAGCCUGUUGUGGUGCAGUGGACCUGUUCCAGCUGUUCAUGGAGAACAAUCUUCAAGAUGUUUUUUCAGAAACGAUCCAGACUUCAGGACAGAGCGACUUCAGGACAGAGCGACUCUGGGACAGAGCGACUCUGGGACAGAGCGACUCUGGGACAGAGCGACUUUGGGACAGAGCGACUCUGGGACAGAGCGACUCCAGGACAGAGCGACUUCGGGACAGAGCGACUUCAGGACAGAUCGACUUUGGGACAGAGCGACUCCAGGGCAGAACGACUCCAGGUCAGAGCGACUUCAGCACAGAGCGACUUCAGGACAGAGCGACUCCAGGACAGAGCGACUCCAGGACAGAGCGACUUCAGGACAGAGCGACUCCAGGACAGAGCGACUCCAGGACAGAGCGACUUCAGGACAGAGCGACUCCAGGGCAGAGCGACUCCAGGACAGCCAGGGAGGAGAUGCAACAGGCACCCGGGCAGGAGUGGAAUGGCCCUCAGGAGCGCGCAGAGAGAGCGCGUGCACCUAUCCUCCAGGCAAUAUGCUCGUGCGCUGAUUGCGUGCGCGAACACGCCCACUGCUUCAGCGCCAACUGGUCCCCCUGUGCACACGGGAGACAGGAGCGGCAGGACGGAGACACAGGAAAAGGCCCCCAUAAGGCCUAG